AUGUCUACAGGCCACCUUGUUCCCAAGGGAGCUCCCAGUACAACUGGUCAUCCCGAGCAACCAGUUUCUGAAGAUACUUCUGAUUCUAAAGUAACCGUCGACCACCAAAACAGCAGCAGCAGCUCCAAGUCCCCAGAAAUAAGGAGCUCCAAAAAUCAUGCCGCUCUCAAGCCCAAGAAAGAGAAACGUAAUAAGAAAAGGAAGAAGAAGAGCAGAAGUGGCAAUGAGACGAAGAGCAUAAGUGGCAAUGUCUUCAGAAUUGUUGGCAACAAAAUUGAGGCCAACAAAUCUAAGCAGGUUGGAGUUUUCGGCUUCGGCAACACGCACAAAAACAAGUCGACACCAGUAGUGGAGAAACCGACUCGGUCCCCCAGUGAAGAAGAAGAGUGA